AUGCCCGGACUUCGCAGCACAAAGCCGCCCGCGGUGCUGUGUGAUGGACUCGGUGCCGCUAAAAUUGCAAUCACAUCCUCCGCACACAAGCUGUUUCGGUCAUGGAUUCUCGUCCCGAUUGGCAUUCUCGUUAACUUGGCCGCUUGCUUUGGUGUUGACUCAUUACUUCGAAAAGCCAAUGUUUCAUUCCCGGCAUCGGUGUUUUGCCUAGUCCUCCUCUUCGUCGGUCUCAUCAUUUCAGAAGUAACCCUUGGCAGCCACCGAACGAGGCGGCUCAUAUCUGUCAUUGAUAUUUCGGCUGGAUGGUCUCUGCAAUGGAUCAGUGUAUUCUUCACACCUUCAUUCGUGCUCCUGGCGUUGAGCCCGCCAAUCGGUAUUGUAGAGGUCUUGAAAAUCAUCGCAGUCUUCUUGAUUGGCUUCUUCAUUAUGAUGGCCAUGGCAGCCUACCUCACCAGAGCCGUACAGCUUUUCCUUGGUACAUCAAAGCGAGGUCGCACUCAACGAGCUGAGGAUCUUAGUGAUGGGAUUCUUCUGGCGGACAACAGCGCGGCGCUGUCCGGGCAGUCAGGGCCACCGAGCCUUUCCCAUUAUACAGCACCAUCAGCAGAAGAGGAUAUCGAGUCUCCAAUACCGUCCCGGCCACAGACACCGCCACAGAUGCGUCUCCAGGGCCAUCACCAUGGCGAGCAUGUCGCUCCGGAACAUGUUUUCGAUGCUCUCGUUCCCACUCAUACCCAGGCUCCUGUACCAGCACCCAGGCCUGAGCGUUGGGCCGCGCUUCUGGUAUCCCACAUGGACUUCACCAUCUUUGGGCUGUUGUUUCUAUUCGUAGGAAUCCCCGUGUAUUAUUCCACGGGCUACGCCAUGCCUCUCCACCUGACCAUAAACGUCCUCGCCUUCUUUGCCGCCUCGUCUCUCCCAUCGCGUUGGAAGACCUACCUCCAUCCCGUCCUCGUCUCCUCUCUCAUCACGGUCCUCGUCAUCUGGGCCUUCGCCGCCACCGCCGGAUCUUCCCUGACUUCGACCCUGCACCAGUAUCGAACGGGCGCCAAAUACAUCCAGCUCUGGCGCCAGGCCUCCCGCCCCUCGGGGCAGGCUGCUCUUCUCCCGGGCGCCGGCGACAUGUUCUCGACUCUCCUCGACGCCAGCAUCACGGCCCUCGCCCUCCCCAUGUUCCAGCACCGCCGAGAGCUGCGCACCCACUGGGCCGCCCUCAUAAUCCCCAACGUCUCCAUCUCCAUCGCCUCCCUGUUCGCUUACCCGCCGCUCUGCUACGCCAUCGGCAUCACCGCCCAGCGCAGCCUCGCCUUUGCAAGCCGGAGCCUGACGCUGGCGCUGGCGACGCCUGCUACGGAGAACUUGGGUGGUGAUGUCAAUACUGCGGCGGCACUGGCUAUCAUUAGUGGCAUCCUUGGUGUUGUCUCCGGGCCUUGGUUCUUGAGAUUGCUAGGAAUUCCUGAAGACGAGUACGUCGCAAGAGGCAUCACACUCGGCGUCAACUCGAGCGCCAUUGCCACAGCUCUCCUCCUCCGCACCGAUCCAAGAGCGGCAGCCCUCUCAAGUCUUUCCAUGAUUUUGUUCGGUACGGUAACUGUCCUCUUCACAUCUAUUCCGCCCAUUGCGACCAUAGUUAGGGCAAUGGUAGGGCUUGGUGCUCUGUAA